AAGAACCUCUGCGCGUUACAGAACCGGUAUUUGACGGAACGUAAGGUCGGGGUUUCACUAAGGAUUGGGGCGGACAAUAAAUUGGAGGGUGAUAUUCAGACAGAAAUGCUCGGAAGACAUCAGAAAAUGAUUCCCAAACGCUAAGAGGGUGAUCACGACGGUUUGAAACAAGUUGCGGCUUCAGCUCAUGUUAUUUGGAUCGGAUAGAAAUGCGGCCUUUUAUGGUCUGUUUUAAAUGUUGUUCUCGUUAAUUGGUUUGCCGUGUCAUUGAAGGUCCACGUCUUCUUUUACUGGAAACUGCACUCGACAUUGCCUCGUAAAUGUGUACACAGUCACUGCGAAGGAGCAGACGAUUGUGCUGUUUUAGCGCUGGGUUUCGGGUCAUUCUUUAACUGCCACUUGUGCUGCUGUCACGGUUUGUUACGCACUUCUGUGGUUGCUGUAACCUUUGGGCGGCACAAAGCCCCCAUUAACAUUAACAAUAUACUGAGCGAUGGCCGUUUCAGCGAGCCACCGGCGACUGCCCAUGGGCGUGCGGACAUUUAGUGAACUCUUCGAGAUUGCGACCACGGGUUCAAGCAGGUCCUGCCGCAAUGUAGGGUCCAGAGCCAGACUGAAACAACCAAUCAGAUACCUGUCAUCUUGUGGCAUCCUGAUGACAAAGACUCCUAGAAUACUUUGCUUCCAUGACUGGGAGACGCCAUCCGCUUCCCCACACAGAACCUUCAUUAGCUUCACCAACAAGAGGAAGGAGUACUCGGAGCGUAGAAUAAUGGGAUACUCGAUGCUGGAGAUGUACACCGUGGUUUCCAACGUGGACGACUAUAAGCUUUUUGUUCCAUGGUGCAAGAAGUCCCAGACGAUAAUGAAGAGAAGCGGGCACGCCAAAGCGCAGCUGGAAGUGGGGUUCCCCCCCAUUGUGGAGCGAUACACGUCCAUGAUAACCAACGUGCGCCCCCACCUCGUCAAGGCUGUGUGUACGGACGGGAAGCUCUUCAACCACCUGGAGACGAUAUGGCGCUUCAGUCCUGGUCUCCCGGGGUAUCCCCGCACCUGCACUGUCGACUUCUCUAUCUCCUUUGAGUUCCGCUCCUUGCUGCACUCACAGCUGGCCACAGUGUUCUUCGACGAGGUGGUGAAGCAGAUGGUGGCGGCGUUUGAGCGUCGCGCCGGAAUACUGUACGGCCCCGAAACCCGCAUCCCUCGCGAACUCAUGUUCCACGAGGUGCACCAGACGUGAACGUGCGUGUGCCUGCGUGUGUGUGUGUACCCUCUCAUUGUACUGUCAGUUAAUCUGUUACCCACCCCCCAUGGGACACUCAAACCAAAGAGUCCCUCCUCACACUUUCAUUUGGCCACACAGCUCCAGCUACUGCAGGUCAUGUUCCAAACUGAUGGACCAAUCAGCUCUCCACCCCCCGUGUCGUUACACUGUAUCCGUUUUCAGCACAGAGUACAACAACUGCCACCACCUACCUCAAUCUGGGUCCCCAACCCCACACGUUGCUAUUCUUACACCCUUAAUGAAAUUAAAUGAAUUGUAUUACCGCUCGCAAAUUAGAGAGAGAUUAGCAGACAGUUUGAAAAGUUGUAUGAGGAAGUGUAGACACCAGUUCUCUUGAGUGUUAAGAAGGACUUUUUGCGUUUGAACUAACACCGGUGAGCGGUUGAGCCUGAUGCUACAGCACUGAGAUUUCUUCCGGAAUUUGUGACAUCAUACUCCCAUACUCCCUCCUCGGAGCCCAGUGACAGGCGAGGGUCUGUAGGCAGCGGGGCCUCAUCAGCCCUCGUGGAUAGUGUCAGCAGCAGAGGGUUGCUUGGUCAGUUUUUGUAUUCCCCACCUCUGUUUCCCGAUUGGCACAGCGACUACAGAGAUACUCUUAUUUCUUAUUUUUUAAACUCCACACCGUUGCUCUUAGUUCUUCAAUAUCUAUAAAAUGAAUAGGGACUCAAUAAAUGUAUAAAACAAAAACAACUGUUAUUGCUAUUUUCAUAUUCAUAAUGCAUUUUGGUUCCGUUUAAUUAAACGGUGAAUCAAAAACAGUAAGGCUUUUGUUUGAAGAUUUUGUAAAUGCACGCACAGCCAGAAUUAAUGCAGGCAAAUGAAUCCUGCACUUUGUCGUUCACACAAUUGGAAAAAUCCAAGGUCUGGCAAAUGAACGUAUAGUCUUAGAGGAGGCUGAUUUGCGUAUUUACAAAUGAUAUAUUCAGUGUUCAACACGCAUCGCAUUCAGAAUAGAUUUUACUUGCUUCUUUUAGAUUAUUUUAAAUACAGUUGGCCCGUUUUGUUCUGCGGUUGUACAGAGAGCUUGAAGGUGCUUGAGUUUCCUGUCGGUUUGUGCAUUUCAUGCUGGUGUUCUUUUUACGUAACCGUGCAUACGCUCAACAAAAAUAGAACUGGCGCCAGGGUUAUAUUGUGUUUUUCUCAGUUUUCUCAAUUUUUUCCAAAUGUUGUGUCCCAUUCUUACCAUUUCAUUUACAAAUAAAAUCCUUGCAAAUUUUUCCAUGAAAAUUGCUAUUGAGAAAACACUGUGGGUACCUUGUAGCCUAAGGUCCAGCUCCAGUGAAUGCAUGCAUUUAUGCAGAUUCUUAGCAGAUACCUUUGGUCUGUGGGUGAUUGAGCUUGUGUGACGCAGGUGUUUUCCCUGACUGUGGUUGAAGCCAAGUGGGAGUCUUAACAGCUGCGGUUAGCCUAGAUAUUCCAAAACAUUCCAAGGUAGUUUGAAAUAGAUCUGGUCUGUGUUGUACUUUCUUUUUUCUAAUUGGGAUGGCUGUCUAGUUUUGUGUGAUUUCACUUCAGUCAGCCUGAGCUCCUGAGCAGUCACUCUGCCAACCUGCUGCCAGAGCCACUCUCGCUACCUUUUUAUUGGUAUCAAACCUGUGGCAUGACUGUAGGGUGGUGUUUGUAAGAAAGGGAAAUGGAAACGUUAUAUUUAAUUAUUUGGUGAACGGCCAAAUAAUUUGGCACUGAAUUCACAAGGCUCAUGAUGCUUUCACUCUUUGGCUGGUGGCUUUUGCUAAAGCUGGUGUGUUUUGGUGUCUUCCUGUUUUCAGGCAGGUCAGUAGGGAGUAUGCACACACACACACACACACACACACACACACACACACCUACACACACCUUGCACACGUGUUAAUGCACCGCAGAGCAACUUGGUGCUUGUUUCAGGUGGAUAUUUAAACGUCGCACACUGGGUGAUUUUCAGGGCCCAAUGUGAGAUUUAUCGUCCCAUGCCAGAAAAAGGCGAAGUGAGGCAGACAUGAGGGGGGCUUGAUUUGUCACGCAGGAAUAAAAUGGAGAUCCAUCAGAUAGGAUUGUUUGAACAAAUCAAUCCGACCACAUUGCAGAAGGCUUUCUGAUCAUUCUCACUCUCUCUUGAGGUCCAAACGGCAGGUAUUUGUCUGAAUGUGCUGACCAUGAUCUCUCAACUGCCUAAUUUAGUCUCAUUCGUGGUGGGGCAUGAGGAUGUCAGAACCUAGGGAAAUGCAGGCCUUUGGGAAAACCUUCUAAAUCAGAGCCUCUGGCAGCAUUACGGUGCCUUUUCAGCCUGGCCUGACAUCUCGUUGAUCAGCCUGAGGGCCGUGUAACUGCUGGAUCCCAAGACAUAGACUUGUGGCUUGCAGUGACAGACUGAAGUAUCAUCCAUGUUAUUGAUCCUCUAUUAAGCAUUCUUCAAGGAACACUCAGGCCAAAAGAAAACUAUGUAAAACUGUCAAUGAAGGUCCUCCUUAAGACCUGCUGUGCUGUGUCAGAAUCCAUGUCAUGAAUUGCAUUCCUUUAUAACAUGGCUGGUGAUGCAGGAGACAUUAUGAUAAAGACAUGUUUAUGACCACUGCUGUAGUGCUCAUGGUGGCUUAAUGCGGGGCUAAUGAAAGCCAUACGCAGUUCUUCUGUACAACACUUAGUAGGAAAAAUGGGCAAAGAACUGGAAAUGUUUGCAGUACUGGUACUGUUUGCGGAAACUAUAUUUUAGAAUUGAGUUUGAGUGUAUAUAAGGAGGAUAAUUAGGUCUUUUAUAUUGUAUCGCAUGGCAAAAUGGGGUUAAAAAGGGUGUGCCUACAGGCAUAGGCUGUCUAGCUAGUGAUUUAUUUUUAGAAAAAUACAAGAGAUAACUUUAAUACAUACAGCAUGACUUAAGAAAGAGAGAAAGGGAUAUUUAAUGCAAGGGGGUGAAAUGUGAUCAGUGUUGUGUUGCUGUCUGUGACUGCAUAGCUGUCCAGCAGUAGUAUUUGUUCUGAAGGGGCUGUGGCUGCAGUAGUUUUCAGUGGUUAACAGCAUUGUCUCUGAACCCGUGGCUUGGUUUGAGUUCAGUGGUUAACAGCAUUGUCUCAACCCGUGGCUUGGUUUGAGUUCAGUGGUUAAGAGCAUUGUCUCUCAAUCCGUGGCUUGGUUUGAGUUCAGUGGUUAAGAGCAUUGUCUCUCAACCAGUGGCUUGGUUUGAGUGCAGUGGUUAAGAGCAUUGUCUCUCAACCCGUGGCUUGGUUUGAGUGCAGUGGUUAAGAGCAUUGUCUCUCAACCCGUGGCUUGGUUUGAGUGCAGUGGUUAAGAGCAUUGUCUCUCAACCCGUGGCUUGGUUUGCAUUCGUACACAGCCAGAUUCACAGACUUGUUUUAUCUUCUUUCACCUGACAAUUAAAAACAAGGCCUAGGUGGCAUCUGAUGCCGACACCGGAUUCAUUUUUUAUUUAUUAAUUUUCAUCAUUUUUACUCCCGGUGCUAUGAAUUGAGAAGCACAACGCUAGACGUCUUAUUGGUUAGAUUUGUUCGGGGGACUGCAUAACGAACGUGUUUGCACUUCUUUGAUGAUGCUGUUGGGAGAUAAAGGGGGAAAGCGUAAGGUAAAAGAGACACUAUACAGCUUCACCUGUUUUGUGCUUCAUGAAGCCUCACUCGCCCACCAUUAGAGUAUUUCAUUGUUUAGGAAAAGGCCCAUUUUCUGUGGGAUCAGGGCACUCCAUAAACGGCCUUGCCGGCAUUCACCAUGCAUCAUUUUCACAUUCACCACUCCUCCGAUUGACCUGCUUAAAAAAAACACUUGCUUUCAAAUCACAGCUUUGAAAGUACCAAAGUGAAAGUUUUAAAAUGAACUCGACAGACUGAUCUUUCCCUCGCCUGUCCAAAGUUAGCAAUGUCCCGUGUGGUGGUGCACUUCAUACACUGACCGAUGCUCCUGAGAACACUCUUAUCCCGACGUCAUCAGGGAGCAGCACAUGACAGCCCGUCUUCGGGGGGUGUCAUGAGCGCUGCAUUGGCAGCAGUGGCGUUCCUGUCAGAAUCCCUUUGGCCUGCAGGGAUCUCACCCACCUUGCACAAGACCUGCAGUGGUCAAGAGAAAUACACAAUGUCACUUUGCUUCCCUUUAAUCGGUCAUUAUUGUAUUUGUUGAUGAAAUUUAGGAUGUAGGCUGAUCGCAAAGUGUCCUUUUACAUGUAUACUGUAUAUAUGCUGCUCUUAUUUAUUUUCCAGUGCUGGUAAGGACCCUUCAGAAGAAUGUAUGUUGUUCAAAAACACUUUUUUUGACAAGGAUCCCCACAUUAUAUAUGAGGACUUUUGUUUGAACAAUUUUGGUAAAAAUGAUAUUUUAGUGCAGCGCAGAUUAUUGUUGAUAUUGGAGUGGGGGAGGGGCGGGGUCCUUGUUUUCUGGUUGAACGUCCAUCUGUCUGGAAGUUUAACGGAGCUGGAUACGAGUGGAUGUAACGACACUUGAAACUCUAUGGUGCUUUAUAUUAUAUUAAUAUUGUCAAUAAUUAUUUCUUUAGCUUGGUUUAAUUUCAAUGACUUCAAUAAAUUUUCAUUUCUGACAGCAAUAUUGGCAACUAGAACUUUUUGAGUUUUAUGAUAAUCUAGUAUGAUUUAUUGUUAUUAACUGUAAUUCUGUAAGAUUUGAGAGGGGGCUCCCCAUGGCAAAACAGCCACCAAUCAUUUCACAAUAUUUACUGGAAUACGGUAUACGGUUGAGUGUUUUUUCUGUAUUUUAUGUCAGGCAGAAUCGGGUAUCAUGGUCUUCAUUCUGUGGCUCCUUGGGGUGAGAGAUAAUUUGUCAGGGUGUGCCUGGUUCUGGGUGUCCUGGUACUUUGAAGGUGCAUUUCAGUGUCCCAUUUGGCUUUUGACCGUUUAUCUUGCAUGAGAAUGUUUAGAUACAAAUAUUUGACUGGAUUUAGACCUUGUUCCGUUUUGUUUUUUCUUUUAUUUUUUUUACAUAUUCAUUGCAAUAUUUUUGCCAAGGCUAAAAUGGGGAAACGGUUUUUACAUUUUAAUUUCAUGUAAUAUAACUUGACAAAAAAAGCAGUUAUAGAACAAUGCAUAAACAAUGCACGUCCUUUUGUUUUAAACUGUAAAUAUUUUUUUAAUUACUGUCUACAGUCGGGAGCAGGUGUGUAUGUGGUUGUGUGCUAGUCUUGACCACUGUUCAUGUACAGUAAUAAACUGACGUCAACUCUGAAAUUAGCUGGCCUUAGGACUGUAUUUUGUGUAACCCGAAUUCCCACUGCUCUCAUCUCAUAGCAGAAUACACUCAGUGAGCACUUUAUUAGGUAUUUUACUUUUUUUUCCUUUUCUUUUUUUCUUAUUGGUCUUCUGCUGCUGUCACCUAUUCACUAAAGAUGUUUGACACGCUGUGUGUUCAGAGAUGCUGUUCUGCAUACAAAUGUUGUAAUGUGAAGUGAUUUGCGUUCCUGUCACUUUCCUGUCAGCUUUGACCAGUCUGGCCCUUCUCCACUGACCUCUCUCAUUAACAAGGCAUUUUUGCAAGCAGACCUGCUGCUCACUGGAUGUUUUUCGCACCAUUCCCUACUCUAGAGACUGUUGUGUCUGAAAAUCCCAGUAGAUCAGCAGCUUCUGAGAUAUUCAAACAACCCUGUGUGGCACCAACGAUCAUUCCACAGUCAAAGGUACUUUUCACACCCGAUCGCAUUUCUUCUCCAUUCUGAUAUUUGGUCUGAAAAACAACUGAACCUCUUGACCAUGUCUACGUGCUUUUAUGCAUUCAGGUGGCUGAUUAAAUAUUUGCAUUAACAAGCUGGUGUACAGGUCUACCUAAUAAAGUGCUCAGUGAGUGUAUAUCCCGUGUUAUAUUUUUGCUGCUUUAUGCUAACAAAGCAGAUUACUGGUUGCCAAGGUGAAUGUAGGAGGAGCAGUAAAGUAAUGCUAAUGGCUAAUGCCAUUUCCUCAUGCUGUGAAGGGCAAGGCAGACUGGACAGAGCCCUGAGAGAACAUAGAGCACGGUGGUCUGGCCUUCGGUUGGCCUGGGUAUUCUGAUGCGCCCCCAGCCAGACUUGAUUGGCUUUGGGUGUGAGCAGUCCAAAUCUGGUUAUUUUACAGUGGAACUCUGCUUCUGGAAAGGCGCCACAUGGCCCUGUGGUCAUUUCCUCCUUUGCCCUGCUUAAAGUUUCAGUGCUGACCAAUUGUUGGCCAUGCUUUUGACCCUCAUGUCAUGUCAUCAAGUGACACUGGAAGCUGAAAGAAAAGCUUUUCACAUACCAAUUCCACACGUUCAAUGCCACCUUCGCUCACCUGGACUGUGUAUUUAAUUUGUUUGAAGAGGUUGUAAACUACUAUAUGGAAUAUUUAAAUUAAAAAAAUGAACAUG